AAAUAAAAAUGAAGGGAAAACUUCAAAGAUAUUAUUACAAAAAUUCAAAAUCAAAGAGUUAUAAAUCCUAGGAUGGACUAGCGUGACUUGUAAAAAUCAAAGAUUAGAAGGGUGGAUAGUUAUUCCAUGGCCCAGCAAAAAGAUAAAAAAAGACGAUGAGGUAGUGACAACCUUCCAAGUCAAAAGUCGUCCUCUUGAUUCUUUACUAAGUUUCUCUCCCUUUAUCUCUAACAACCUGAGACUUGCCAUUUCCACUCUUCUUCUUCUUCUUCCAAUUUCCACGAUGCCGAUCCGAAGAAAACUUGAGGAAGCUGUACCAAUUCUGCUUCCCCUUCUUGAUAAAAUGAUGGAAGGUCUCAACAAUCAAGACCCUGCGUUUGCUAAGUUGGAAGAGAUCAGAGGGUAUUUUGAGGGGAAGAAAGUUUUGUUCCCUAAUCUCAAGACCGUGGAAGACGAGCUUCUGCAGAAAUUCACCGUGCUUGAAGAAGAAAUCGACAACUCUAAGUAUACUAAUACUGAUGCCCCCCUAGGCACUCCCAGACAUUCUUCCGUGAGGCUUGAUUCCAUUGUAAAAAUAUUCAACAGCAUAGACGAUCUUAUUAAAAAAUUCCAAUCCUUGCAGAUAGAAAGCACGGACACGUCCCGAAAAGAAGCCGAGUCAGCGGCUCAUGAGGCAAGGGAGAUUUCAGAAGAAUGGUCUGCAUUAAAGGUGGAGGAUCUCAUUCUUGGCUCCCCAGCAAUGUCUUGUCUGCAGUUGAAUUAUAACAUUCUUGAUGUUCAGAUGAAGCUGUGCCUGCUAUGUUUCUCCAUAUUUCCGGCCAAUUCGGUAAUAAAAAAGAGGCCCUUGGUUUAUUGGUGGAUUGGGGAGGGUUUGGUGACCAAAACCAAGGACAAGACUGCAAUGGAAGAGGGAGAUAGAAUCUUUGGAGAGCUGAUCAACAAGGGCUUUCUAAUUGCACAAUACAAGCCAAGCGACAAAGACCAAGACAAGAAUCCCAUUGUGGAUAGCUGUAAAAUGCACUCUUGGAUUCGCCUUAUGUUGAUCAGGAUUGCUAGAGAUGCUGAGUUGUUUGAUUCUGAUGCCCCUGGCCCAGGCCCAGGCACCAGAUCACGCAGCAUAUGUUUGGUUCCUCCGACCAACAAUGUUUCUGCAGGGGGUCCUCCAAAACAACCAGCUAAUCCGGCCACAGUCACAGAAGCAGGAGCGGGUCCUGAUGCAAGCCGUUUAUUGACUUUGUUCAAUGUGAAUGAGCAAUAUCUCAAUAUCCCCCAUGACUGGUUUUCAAAGGAGAACAAAAUUGUGGUUCUUCAGCUUGGGAGGUGGAAGGAUUCAGCCAAGCACCACAAUGAAGUCGAAAAUGAAGACCACAAAGAAGUUGAAAAUGAAGACCACAUAGAAGUCGAAAAUGAAGACUUCUUGAAAGCUUUGGGGACCAAGAAGCAUUUGAAGUAUCUCAGCCUGCGAGGAAUUUCAAGAAUCACUAAAAUACCUUCCACAAUCCGUAAACUCAUUAAUCUUGAAAUACUGGAUCUCAGGGCAUGUCACAAUCUGGAGAAACUACCAUCUGACAUUUCAUCUUUGAAGAAGCUGACGCAUUUAGAUAUAUCAGAGUGCUACUUGCUAGAGAGCAUGCCUAAGGGCCUGGACAAGCUGAGUUCCCUCCAAAUGCUCAAGGGUUUUGUGGUAGCAACUUCAAAAAAGGGUCCUGGCAGGCUUGGAGAUGUUGCUGGCCUGAAGAAACUUAGAAAGCUGAGUAUAUAUAUCCCAAGUGACGCUUAUAUUGAAGAGGCAGAGCUUAGUAAGUUGAAGGAGGUUUCAGCUCUUCGCAUUCUAUCAAUAACAUGGGGAGGAGGACGAGGAGGAGGAGGAAGAGUGCAGGCUGAAACUGAACCAUCAGGAAAGCCAACCACCAUAGAUAGGAAAAAAUCUUUCGCCUCAAAAAAGGACCGUCACCAAGUGCAGAGGACAGACAUAAAGACGAUGGGGUCCUUAUCCUUUCCUCAAAAGUUAGAGAAACUGGAUCUUUGGUGCAUCCCUUGUGAAACCAAGCCAGAUUGGUUAAAUCCUGAUGAGUUAAAGAGUUUAAAAAAGCUCUACAUUAGGGGAGGAAAGCUUCAUAGUUUGAGUUUUGAGGGGAAUAACAAGAAGUGGAAUGUUCGGAUUUUGCGUUUGAAAUAUCUACAUGAUUUGCACGUAGAUGAGGAACAAUUGCGGGGUGACUUCCCACGCCUCAUUCACUUGGAGAUAAAAGAUAAAAUCAUGGAAGGCAAAGGGGAGGAUGAGCAUGGAGGCAGCAGCCAGCAGCAGCAGGACCAGGUCCUGAACAACUGAUCAGCACUUUCUCCAGCUAUUUCAAAAUUCUUGGUGAUUUCUUUAGAAUCUCUGCCCAUGGACCAUCCAUCCCCCUAGUGGAGACACUAUUUAAACACUUGAUGCAGGAUUGGUUCUUGUUGGAUAUGGGUUUGGGUGCUCAAGUGGGUUGUUUCGAUUCGACCCAAGAGGGAGCGGUUUUUUGUAGCUUUUUUUUUCACACUACCAUUGGAGAUGAAAAGAUUUAGAGGAUUAUUAUUACUCUUUUUUUUUGGACAAUAGAAAAGAGUUUUUUUUCCUUAAAGGUCAUCUCUUGAAGUUUUUCAUUUUGGUUUUCUUUGUAAAAACGAAGGUUAAAGCUUUCGUGGUAUGGAACUUUGAGUGCACUUUGAGUGCUUGUCGUAUUUGUAAUUCAAUUCACGACUUGGGAAAAAAAGUUUACCACUAAAACAAUCAAAUUGG